UACAAAACACGAUUGGCUUUGCUUGACACGCCGCCCGUGCACGGCAUGUCAGAGCAAAUAAUAUAAUGUUGUGAGUUGUAAAUUCAUAAGUCGCUUUAUAUUAUUACCGCCUGCGGUACGUUACUGUAUGUUAGUUUUAACAGCUUUAACAAGCUGUUGACCGUGAUAAAGAACGUGCUAACUCGGCUAGCUAGCUGUAUGAGCACAGAUAACUACAUUUCAAGCUAACCCGCAGAGGACAUAACAAUGGCUUACAUGCAGAUAUUAAAAGCUCUGCACCGGAACCUACAGCAAACGGUGACACAGUACAGCGCGCAGAAAUGCAAACUGACACCAGUGAGUUUGCUCAUCCAUACACACAGGACAGCGUCCACAGUGUCCAGACUGACCGUCCACAGAAGAGUCGAGCCCCCUUCAUGUUUCAUGCCAAGGCUGAGCUGCUUCAUGCAGGCACACAGUCUGCGGGGGAUUUCACUCAAAUCCACGGCCAGAAACCAAAGCAACCCAGAACAGAGAGACAAGUCUGUGUCCAGGUACCAGAGCGGGAGCCCAAAGCCCUCAGCUGCACAGAAAGUAAAAGAAGCUGGCAGAGACUUCACCUAUUUGAUAGUUGUACUCAUCGGGCUUGGAGUGACAGGCGGGCUGUUAUAUGUGGUGUUCCAGGAGCUGUUUUCUUCAUCAAGUCCAAAUAAAGUUUAUGGGAAAGCCUUCAACAAAGUCAGGUUGGACCCAGAGGUGAUUGGUGCAUUUGGGGAGCCAAUCAAGUGUUAUGGUGAGACUACCCGUCGAGGAAGGAGGCAGCAAGUCAGUCAUCUGGAGUACCUGAAGGAUGGACUGAAGCACAUGAGACUUAAGUUUUACAUUGAAGGCUCUGAGCCAGGCCUCAAAGGAACAGUACAUUCAGAGUCAAAAGAGAAUCCUGAAACUGGAAAAUAUGAGUUUCGUUACAUAUUUGUGGAAGUGGACACCUACCCAAGACGAACCAUCAUUGUGGAAGACAACCGAUGAGAAAGAUAACAGACUCAACCGUGUCAAUUCGCUGCAUGGUGAAAUAUGUGUUUGUGUUAUUAGAAAAAAUAGCUGAAAAUUCACUGUCAGUGUAACUGUAAUUUACCAUGAUGAGCUUUUUAUGAUAAACAUAAAGAGUUUGGGCUGAUUGAAAUGUUGCCACAAUAAUGUAGCAUUUGGUGAAAAGCUUUGCAAAGUGCAGUGUGUUUCACAGAAAAUGAUGUUAAUGUGUCAUUGUUUUAUAAAUAAUACACAUGUACCACAAAUUGUUUCUUGACUAAAAGUCUACUGGAUGACCUGAAUUUUGCAAUAAACUACAAUCAAAGAUGCUUUUAAAUUGUAAUAAAAAUGUUUG